AUAUACGUACGGUGGGACGGAUGGCGAGGAUUCGUAAUAAUUUACACAUUUGCCGUCUUUUAACUAAACUCAAUCUCUACGUAAACCGGAAAGUAACAAAAAAUGAUUGGUUGCGUCGGUCAUGAUACAUUUAAAAAUAACAGUAGGUGGUGCCACUAACGUUCCAAAAGCAGCGUUUGAAUCCAGCGGGAACGAAAAUCUGGGAUUUUCUCAGUUCAUUGAGUUACUUUUGUUAUUUAGUGCAUUUUAGUGAUAACUGCCAAAUAUUAUAGUGACGCAGAAUUGGUUGCUAGUGGAGUUAAAGUUUUCAAGAGCCUUGUUGAUGAAAAAGGCUUGAACUAAAUGAUUUGAGUUGCCUAUUUACAUGAGAGUUAAACAAAGUGGAUCGUACACCAGAUACAGGGAUCACAACUGAUAUCGAUGAAGAUGCAGUAUCAUGCAUGUUAUUUCUGAAAGUUUUGUAUACACUUACGACAGCAUAUGAUCUGUGUGAAAAUAAUUCCUUAGAAAAUGCAAUGAAGGAUAUGGAAGAAGCUGAGAACAGUUUCGACAAACUUAAACAACAAAUACCUAAUGGUUUAUCGAUGAAGGCAGUAGAGCACGUCGUUAAAGGAACAAAAUGCUUUAUUCUUCAAAAAAUGAAUAAAUCUAACGAUAUUAAAAGUAUUUUGGAAACUAUACCAUUAUGUGAGGACAAUUUUGAAUUAGGCACGCUGUAUGGUUGCCAAAGUGCAGUAUGGUCCUAUUACUAUUAUACAGGGUGGAAAAAAAGUAUGGAAUAUGGUAAAAGAAAUUUUAUUCUGAUAUUUCUAAUACUAAAUUCAGCGUUUUUGACAUACUACGGUGACACAUUUUGCCAAAAUUAAAAAGACUUCGAAAUCCGGACGACACACUAUCUGAAAUGAUUAAAAAGGCAGACAAAUAUUGUCAACACGAAAGGGAAUCCGUGGAAAAAUUGAUGAAAAAAAUUCUGAUAUGAAUCAGAAAAAGCGAAAUCAAAAUUUGAACUGUAAUGUUAAAAGAAGUCUCCUAUAUAUCUCGCAUUGAAGAAUUACAAAAAUGUUUAACUAGAUUUUCUACGUAUUAAAAAAAAAAAGCAUUCGCGGAUGCUUGAUUUUAGAGAAUACAUCUGUGAUAAUA